GGGAAAAGGGUGGCCACGUACCUACCUGACGAUUGACAUUUCGAUCCUUCUCUCCAAAGCAUUUGCCAUACCACAGUUUCUACGACUCGGAAGGGAAAAAGAUAGCAAAAGCAUACAAGCCAUCUUUUUCAUCGACAUUGCGACAAAUUCAUCCAUCCUCCCCCACCUUUUUUACCUACCUACACACACACACACACACACACCCCGCAAAACACAGAUACACGCACGCGGCGCAGCCAUGUCCCGCUCCACCAUGACCGGUCCCGCCCUCGGCGCGGCAGCACUCCUCGGAGGCGGCGUCUACAUGAUGCGCGGGAGCAAGUCCAAGAACCAAGACGCAACGAACGACCCGGCCGGGGUGGCGAGGAAGAAAGAGCAAGCCGACGCAAAGCGCGACCUCGGCCUCGGAGGCGCCGGGGUGGGCGGCAACACCAACACGGGCGGCACCGAGCUCGGGUCGGGCCUCGCGAGCGGCAACACGGGCGAGAACCAGGGCCGCUGGCGACAGGCCUCCGGCCGCGACGUGCCCCGGGAGAACCUACCCUCGGGCGGCGUCGGCGGGGGGUACGGCGGGAACAACGCCAACACGCGGGCCGUCGAGCACACCAAGGGCAGCAGCACCGGCGGCGGGUCCGGCGCCGGUGAGAACAAGACGCAGGGCGUCGGCGAGAUGCUCCAGGGCGCGUUGGGCUCGAAGGGAUCCCGGGAGAAUGAGCAGGAUCGGGGCCACGAGGGCGGUCCUGGGGGCCGAGGUAGGCCGGAGGGUGCGCAGGGGAUCGAUCGCCAGGAUACCAAGGUUUGGAGCCACUACGGCGAGUCGCCUACGAAGCGUGGGGGUGGUCCUUUCGAUAAACAUCGGAAGGAUGUCACGGCGUCGGGCGUCAAUCCUGAUCGGUAGGGGUCAUGUGUCAUGUUGGUGAUGUUGGCCAAAAGGUUGAUUCAUUCAUCGACUCGUGGUUGAGUUGGCC